CUGAGGCUUGACGUCGGAGCGCGCAUGAAAACUACCCCACCAACCGCUGCUUCAGCCUGCGAUUGAGCAAACAGACCCGACAGCUCUCAACCCAGCUUACUUUACCACGAAACAUCACAAAACCCGAAAUACCUUGAUGGACAGGUAGCAAUGUCCAAACAAUACCUCACCGCCCACACGGUGGACCAAGCCCACCCAACCGAGAUAUUCUCGCUCGCCCCGACGCCGACGUCGCUCUUCUCGGCCAGCGGCUCCUCGGCGCUGCGCAUCCACGCCACCACCGACCCGACCUUCCCCCUGCAGCAGACGAUCCCCAACGCGCACAAGCUCGGCUGCCACCACGUCUGCACGGCGCGCGGCGGCGCGGGCUACGUGGCCGCAACCGUCGGCUUCGGCGGCGAGAUCAAAGUGUGGAAGUGCAAGGACAAGGACGGCAACCUCGGUGGCGAAUGGGCGCUGCAGUGGGAGAUGACGCCCAGCAGCAACGGCGGCAAAAAUGCAGCGACGAAUGCGCCCGGCCGUGGCCGUGGCGUAGGCGGCGACGUGUGGGCGAUCGCGCUGAGCACGGACGAGAGCUUCCUGGCGUGCACGACGAGCGACGGGCGCAUCCACGUGUGGGACCUGGCGGGCCGCGAGUGCAUCCAGACGUACGAGACGGGCAGCAGCGGCGGCGGCAGCUUCGCCAUGGCGGUCGACCUGAGCCGCGACGGCCGGCUGACGGCCAGCGGCCACGAGAGCGGCGCCGUCUACGUCUUCAACAACGAUGCCGGCCGGCUCGUCUACUCGCUUUCCGGUCUGGCGAAGCCCAUCCGGGCCGUUGCCUUCUCUCCGGGCGGCAAGCUUCUCGCGGCAGCAGGAAAUGCCGGCAUUAUCGCCCUCUACUCGGUGGAGCACGGCGAGCACGUCGGCAACACCAAGCCGUCGAGCGACCGGCCCGCCUGGAUUAUGUCGCUCGACUGGAACGACACUGGCGACUACCUCCUGAGCGGGGCCCUGGACGGCCGGGUCAAGGUCUGGGAUCCUACUCGAGGCAUCUGCUUGGCAACACACAGCGAGACGGACGGAGCGUUGUGGAGUGUCCGUUGGCUGCCCCGAAAUGAGCGGGCUUUGGCGCCAGGCAUGAGCAAGGGAGAAAUGUUUUGUGCGGCGGGAGCCAGCCGAAGCAUUUCGUUCUACCGUGAGGCUACGGGUUCAUGAAGAGCGGGAGGACAUGAUACUUUAGGUCGGGUCUGAGUUGGGAUUUGGGAAGGUUUUGAAAGGGGUACUAUGCCCCUGUAAAGA